AUGUUGACGGCCCUUGCUGCUAGAUAUGCUGCAGCUAUACGUCUCAACUAUGAAAGGCCAGAUCUCGAUCCAGCUGCGCGGGAGGUACGCCGACGCAUUGUUUGGUCGCUGAAGAUUAUCCAAGGAUACUUCUCUGUAGGGUUACCCGAGUUUGAGCUGUGUCCGAUUGAGGCAAUCUAUAUCAACUUUCCCAAGUCUGAGGAUGAGUUUGAGUCCUCGCGUCCCGGAGAGCAAUCCGCCUACAGACUAUAUACCCGACUUGAGGGAAUCCGACGGGAUAUCAUGAAGCUAGGCAGAGGACUACAUCCUCUGGACCAGCCUCUUUCUUCUCUAGUUGAGCUCAUUCGGCACCAUGAAAAUAUCUUGUCCGAGUUUUCUGCCGAACUACCGUACGGCAGUCGCAUAACAUCAGCCCAAAUCGCCAGUCUUCUUGACAAUCCGUGGUUGCCUCGAUUAUUAGCAAUGCACGUGUCUUGGCACCAGGCAAAUUGCGACUUAUACCGCAUUUCAAUUCCGGGUUAUCCAGACGCUGCACCAUCUGUUGUCUUGGACGCUGUCGAUCCCGCCCGACCUCUAUUUGCUGAAGAGCAAUGUCUCAAGCAUGCGACAAAUGCCAUACAAAUUCUCACAACCUUGAACCAAGAGAGUGCAUCCCGCCAUAUGCUUAAAUUUGACACCGCGAUUUGCACGUACCAUGCCUCGCGUCUUGUUCUCUACAUCUCUCGUUUCGGAGAGAGCCCAAACCGACCCACGCCAGAGUUUGCCGCAAGUAGGGCUGAACUUUGUGUUGUGGCCCUCAAAAGUUUUUUUCCUGCCUGUGUUCCAGUGACGCCUAUCAUAAAGGAGCUGGAAAGCUCUAUUGUUGUGUUCUUACAAAGACACAGCCAUGAGCACGAAACAUGGGGUGCUUCAUCAUCCAGACUACCACAGGCUAACCCUUCACAUGAGCCGUAA